CUUUAGCAAGAUGUCCCGCAGGCUGAACGCAAUUCUGAUCGCCAUCGCUCUGCUGGCCUUGCCCACUUGGUCGGCCCCGGAGUGUGGCCGCAAUCCGGAGCAGUGUCGGGAGCAGGCAAUGCAUCCGGAUCUACCGGAGCCGCAGCCGGAAGUGAGGAAGAUGAGGGCCGUCGAGGGCGAGGACACCACCGCCUAUUGGCGUGAAAAAGGCGUGCAGUUCGUCCAGCAGAAAUUGGCAGCCCAGUUGAACCAGCGACAGGCCAAGAACGUGAUCCUUUUCCUGGGCGACGGUAUGGGCGUGACCACCACUGCUCCGGCUCGCAAUCUUCUGGGCGGCGAGGAGAAAUCACUCUCUUUCGAGAACUUCCCCUACACGGGCCUCUCGAAGACCUACUCCGUGGAUAAGAUCGUUCCGGACUCGGCGUGCACAGCCACGGCCUAUUUGUGCGGCGUAAAGGGUCAGGAGGGCACCAUUGGUGUGAAUGGUCAGGUGCCCCGCACCGAUUGCAAGGUCAUGCUGGACGAGACCACCCACGUGGACUCCAUUGCCAAGUGGGCCAUGGAGGAGGGCAAGUGGGCGGGUCUGGUGACCACCACCCGUGUGACACACGCCUCACCCUCCGGCGUCUACGCCCACAUCGCGGAACGUGACUGGGAGAACGAUGCAGAGGUGGCUACCGACUGUGGAGCCAACUCCGGAAUUCAGGAUAUUGCCUAUCAGCUGUCCCGGGGCGAGGUGGGCAGCAAACUCCGUGUGAUCAUGGGCGGUGGACGCAAGCACUUUGUUGACUCCAGUUUGGAGUCCUGGGGCAAGCGAAACGACGGCCUGAAUCUUAUUGACGAGUUCAAGGCGGCCAGCAAUAAGAACGUCUAUGUGACCACCGCCGCGGAGUUGGAGGCCGUGGAUGUGACAACAACUGAUCGCCUGAUGGGUCUGUUCAAUGACGACCACAUGCAGUAUAUGAUGGAGACCACACCGGAGAGUAGUCAGCCUACUCUGGAGCAGAUGACCCGCAAGGCUAUUGAGUACAUGAAACAGAGCGAGCAGGGCUACUUCCUCUUCAUCGAGGGAGGACGCAUUGACCAGGCUCAUCAUAUCAAUCAGGCGCGAAUGGCCCUCAACGAGACCGUGGAGUUCUCCAAGGCUAUUGCCGCUGCCCAGGAGCUCACCAGCGAGGAUGAUACUCUACUUGUGGUCACCGCUGAUCACUCGCAUGUGUUCACCUAUGCAGGAUAUGCGUACCGCGGCGAGGAUGUCUUUGGGAAGGCUCCAGUGACGGGACUAGAUGGCAAGCCAUACAUGGUCUUGAGCUAUGCCAAUGGCCCCAGCUACGAGAACUUCUACGACACGGAGACCAAGGAGCGCAAGGAUCCCACAACAGUGAUAACCGGAGCCCAUGAUGAUGAGUUCCCCUCUGGAGUGCCAAUCGACAAUGAUUCCCAUGGUGGCGACGAUGUGCCUGUUUACGCUCUGGGUCCCUGGUCGCACCUCUUCACCGGGGUCUACGAGCAGAGCACCAUUCCCCACCUGAUGGCCUACGCGUCCUGCCUGGGCGAGGGUCACACCAUGUGCAGCAAGUAGGAUCGAAGGAUGGAUGGGAGGAUGCCAUGCCGCCUUGCCAUAACAAUUAAGUUUGAAGCUCAUUAAAUCCAGCCAGCAAGCGGCAUUUGCAUUCGCCUGCACUCGAGUUUAUUAUGCGAA